UUAUUUAGGAGAUGAAGAUGUCACAUUUUACAAUCAACUAUAUAAUUAGAAAUAAAGUCAAUUAGUGGCUGCACCAAAAAUAUGGACCUGUAUCAAGUUUCAGCUCACAACCUCAAAGAGAAAACACAAGGAGUAACACAAGCUAGCAGGAUACCAGCUAGCUUGGUUUACAUGCUAGUUAGCUAGCUAGUAACCUUGCCCGAUUUUUGUGUAACAUUAGCUACAUGAAUUCCUGUGGAACUGUACACAGUAUACUUUAUCUUGUUAACAUAACAUUAGGAAACUUUUUGUCUUUACAUUACUUGCUUUACUAGUUAAAGCUUCCUAACCUGAAUGUGAUGUAAAAUCUAAGUGGUUCAUUGCUAACAUUUAAGCAUUAACUACUUAAAAAUAAUCAACUCUGAUGCUAGCCAAAAAUAGAAAGUCUAUAACUCAGAGUGGUGCCCACAGGGAUAAAAAAAUCAACUGAAUAGCCUAAUAAAUAAUCACGAAACUACAUUUACAUAUCAUACAUUAACUUAUACACACAUUGUUCUGUACAAAUGUUUGAGCUGGUGCAGAACUGAUGAAUAUCACGGAUAAGUUAGGAAAAUAGUGUAGCUAUAACCAAAAACACAAAAGCUCACACUUGCAUGCAUACACACAAACACACUAAUUAAUUAACUUGUACUUUUGUUCCUACAAGAUGAGAUGGAGGGAUUGGAUCUGGAGGGUAAGACAGUAAUGGCGACCACAGACCUGUACUGUAGUUACCCUGGGAUGAGUUCAAUUCAAUCACAUCUACCAAAAAAAUCUAGAGAGAUCAUUGAUCCUUUUAACUAAUUCAUAUUCUGUAAUUGGAAAAACACUUGACUGUUUCCAUUUAAAACCUGUAUUGAUUGAAUUGAAAUAGACCCCAUACUUGUUCAGUUUCUGGCACAGAUACCCAUCAGCUGGGUAUCUGAAUACAUUAGGCCUAGUGUUAGUAAUUCCCCUUACAAACAUCUCCUAAUACCUUGUGGACCAAUCUAUAUUCUCCCUGUAUCCAGAAAAAUAUUGAGAAACUGGGUAAAAAUCACCUAAGCCCAGUGCAGCUAUAGGUGGGAAACAUAUUAAAUGUUCUAUCAAAGUGAAACGAAAUAGCUAAUAGUAUCUUAGGUUUAUAGACAGUCAUACUGCCCAACCCUCCUUUUAAAGCAUAGUCCAUUAUAGAAUACAGUAUCAGCAGAAUUGUUGGUGCAUGUAGCAGAGAUUACCUAUGUAAUUGCCCAUUAUUCCUUCCUUUUUUUUUUCUUAAUCUCUUGUAUAUUUCUGUCUUUGUUACCCCAAUUAAUUUCCUUGGUCUGUGAUAUUUCUCUUUACUUUCACCCCUUGACUCUUUCUCAUUGGGAUAUUAAAUACAUUUCCUUUGUCUCGUUCUUUCUCUACCUCCUUCUUUCUAUGUUUCAUCCUCCUGCAGAGCCAAGUCGGCCUCAAGGAGGUGCAGAAGGUCGGGCUCACGGCGAGGAGAGCGAGCCCUCGGAUGAUGAGAUGCUGUCUCUCUCCAGCCAGCGAAGCAAUGCCAGCACGGCCCCCCAAAGACCCGAUCCCCCUGCUCCAAUGCCUGCCGCCCCUGCACCUGCAGAGGAAGUGGAUCUUCUUGGCCUCGAUGGGGCGGGGAUCAACCGUCCUUCAUCUCAGCCCCCGUCCGCUGCAGCCGCAACAACUGACCUUCUCGGGGACUUGUUCGGGGGCCCACCCCAGCCAACCAAUGGGGGGUCAUCUGCCCAGUCCACACCACAUAAAGUAGUCCCAAACACUGCCUCGCCAUGUCCCUCACCGGCACCAACAGCAUUUGAUCCCUUCGGGGCAGGUCCCAUGCCUAAGCCUCAGGACAUGAUGGGUUCAUUCCUUGCAACAGGUAACGUGGGGCAGCCAGACCCCUUCGUGCAUGCUGCUCGCUCUCCAUCACCCACCCUGCAGCCUAAAAGCUCGGGCCGAAACUCCCCCGUCCCACCAAGCACCCCAACCGUCAACAUUCAGCAGCAAAAUGCAAAGGGAGGGUGGGACUGGAACAGACCCGCUACUACAAGCACAGGAGCAGGCUUUAGUAUGGGAAGUCGGUCAGCCACUACGAGCCCCACAGGCUCAGUCAACAGCACCCCCACCCACCAAUCCAAGCCAAACUUGGACCCAUUCGCUGACUUAGGCAACCUCGGUGGAGGCUCUGGCUUCUCCAGCAAACCGACCACUCCUACUGGGCCUACCCCUUCCAUCCCUCCCAUCCCUCCCAUCCCUCCCAUCCCUCCCAUGGGCUCCCCUUCCCGACCACCCCCGUCUCCCCAGCAUACAGAGGGGUGGCAGUCCAACCCAGGAGCAGGCUUCCCCUCGUGGCAGCCAGGUGCUGGAGUUGGCGGGGGAUGGCAACCCCAAGGACCGGGCCCCGCCCCGCAGCCAAAGCCCAGCCCCAGCCACACCCCCAUGCCGCACGCAUCGCCCGGGGGCCGACCCAACUACAAUGUCAGCUUCUCAGCAAUGGGAGGGGGCUCGCCCAGCGCAGCGGUUAAAGCACAGGCUAGCAUUGGUACUAAGCCGAAAGUCGUGAAUGCCAACUUUGAUGACCUGCUCUCUGGUCAGGGCUUCGCUGGGACCAAAGAGAAGAAAGGGCCCAGGACUAUAGCAGAGAUGAGGAAGGAGGAGAUGGCCAAAGAGAUGGACCCUGAGAAAAUAAAGAUUCUGGACUGGAUCGAGGGGAAGGAGCGUAACAUCCGCGCUCUACUGUCCACCAUGCACACGGUGCUGUGGGAAGGGGAGACGCGCUGGAAGCCUGUAGGCAUGGCUGACCUGGUCACGCCAGAACAGGUCAAGAAGGUCUACCGCAAAGCAGUCCUGGUCGUGCACCCAGAUAAGGCCACAGGACAGCCCUAUGAACAAUAUGCCAAGAUGAUUUUCAUGGAACUAAAUGACGCCUGGUCAGAAUUUGACAGCCAAGGACAAAAACCCCUCUACUGAAUAAAUAGUGAGAGGAAGUGAGUGAGAAGCGGAUGUCCCUCCUGAUUCUGUCGUCUAACCCUCCUAAAAGUGUGUCACCACCUUUGGUCGACAGACUACAGCUCCUCCUCCAACAUCGCCUUUAUACCUGUGCUUUGACCCAUAUCUCUCUUCUCAACAAACACAGAACAUCCAGUCGAUCUACAAAGACAGUAAAAGACAACAAAACUCCAGUGACUAACAGUGUGACUGCUCUAAUGAACCUACCUACUGAAUGUUUGUGGUGCAACAUUACCCUCCCUUGUUGAGUGUCUUUAGCCCUGAAACCAACCCAGCAUUCAAAGCGGAGUCACCGGGACGUCUAGAAAAACAAAAUAAAUGCUUGAUUCAGAGGAGAUGUAUCAAAAGUGACAAGAGACGGUGGACAACCAAGAUUAGAGAAAAAUACAUCAGGGAGUAAAUUGAGCAAGCAUGUCACAGACUGCUUUUAAAAAGGGGAUUCAGGUAGUCUGUAAGGCAUAAGUAAGCAUUUAAUAUCAAUUUAAGCCUCUUACACACAAAACAUUGGUUUCCAUCCAAAAUAGGGGUGGUUGGAGGUACAAAUUAACAAUCUUUCUCAUUUAAAAAGUGCAGAAAAUAAUUACAAAUUGCUGACACUGCUUCUGAUUACAGGUCGGCUUCUUAAUUAUCUUAAAAAUGUUAACUGCUGACCGUGAAUGAAAAUGAAAAUGAAGGGGCUCUUCAAUGAAAACACAGAUCAGAAGGCUGCUCCCAACCUUACAGUAUAUACAUAUAACAGAUUAACACUAUGGUGUUUUGACUUUAGGUGAAUGAUUCUUGAUGUGUGUUCCCAUGUUUGUAGGGAACCGAGGGUUAUAUACUGUAUUCUGGGAUUAGCACAUGUACAGAUCCAUACCUGAAGCACCUUGAGGCUUCAGACUCAUACAGUCACAUGUUUUUUUGCAGGCGAGCUGCGUGAAAGCACAAACUUUGCUCGGUGCACCUUUGAAGGAAAGCCAUUGUUAUUUAUUUAUUUGUUCAUUUUUGUUUGUCUUCAUCUAUUGUUUCAUGUGUCAGGCCUGCUAAAUUAUUUUUGUUAAAUGUAACUGCAUGUUGUCAGAUAAUGUAUGUAAAGGACUUGUUUGGGUUAUUUGCGGGGAAGUGUUUUACUCAUUUACUGACAAAACACAGGAAUGUCUUCUGAGACUAUAUCAGACUAUGAUAGCCUUUAUAGUCUGCAAUAACAUUUUCCAAACAACAGAUGUGGAAAUAUCUAUUACAAAUGACAUUUCUAUUCAAAGUCCCUAAAUAGCGAGUCGCAGGAUUGAAAAUGUUCUCAUACUGUAAAAUCAUAUGAGGGAAUUAAUGAGCUUUAGUGAAACUAAUUUCUCUGAAAUCGCUCGUAUUACAUAUCUGCUGUUAUUUCAAGACUUAUAUCAAAACACUGAUUUGCAGUGAUUGCAAAAUGUUUUUUUUAAAUUACUUAUGUAUCUUUGUUUACAUUUGUGAGACAUUUACAUCACAGCAUUGACACUUUUAUUUGUAAUUAUCAUGCAGCUUUUUGUGUGCGCUUGAGUUCUACUGACACACUUUCAUAUCAAAGGUAACAGAAAAUGUUGCGUUUUUUAAUAGUUGAAUUGAUUGAUUGAAUCUAAAACAGAUUAAAUUCUCCCCAUGUAGUUUCAAUAAUAUACUGAUGGUAUUGCUCCUCUGCACGAUAAAAACUGUAAUACUGGUGUUGUCAUUUUGUGUAGAAAGUAUUAUAAGGUUCUGAAAUUAAGUCCAUCGGCAAAUGGCAAACAUAUGCAAAAUAGAGAAUACUUAUGUAGUCAUUGUAAGUUGAAACUGAAUCAAUUCUCAAUUUCUCUGACAUUUUAUUUACAACAUCCUUACCUUACAGCUUCGAGUGAUUGACAGAGCUCUACUGUAACCCCCUGUUUAAACUCAAUUUUCACUAAAGCUAAUAAGGCAGAAUAUCUACCGAGACAUGUUCAUAAACCGCUCUUUAUAUCAUUACUGUUUUCAUACUCUCUGUUUUGGAAAUCCUUCUUAACCGUCAUGUGGUUUAUCUCCCUUGGUUUGACUUCAUUCAUACCCAGGACUCCAAGUUUGUUCAUGUGUGUUUCGGACUUUGACUCAAUACUGAACACUGGAAAUAAAGUAUGACUUCUAAAGUGGUGUUUCUUCAACUGGGUUUGGGACCCAGAAUGGAUUACAUGGCAGAGCUUUUUGGCUGAAAUACAUCGCUGAACAAGACUGAGUCUCAAGGUGAAAAUGUUGGACCCUGAACUCAAGGCUACGGCUUGACCAGACGCAGGAAGUGUGUAGUGUGUGCUUCUGUGCUCUAUUUACACUGAGGAACUACAUGUGAAAUAACCCUCAUACGCUCCCUCGCUGACUGAACUGUUUACCUGCAAUCUAUCGGCUAUGUUAAAUAGCUAAGCUCUACAUUGUAGUCAGUGGAUGUGUGUUGUUUGAAAUUGUGGUGCGUAUGGAAGUGAUCCGAUUUGGACACAGACUAUUGUACGUUAUGUGUUUGCCUGUCUGCUGUAAGUAUUACUAAACUGUGUAGUUCAUGUGUUCCUUUUCAGUUCUGUUUACCAAUACAUGGGAUGUACAUAAUGAUCAAGUGCAGUGCACAAAAAUAAAUAGUCAACAGAGAA